AUGCGUGAUCUCUUCAACGAUGAACCGUAUGGAAAUGUCAAUGAAGAUUUACAGUAUAUGGAGAAAUCACCAGAGCUAGUAGUCGCUGAAACUCUUCAAACGCAUCUCUUCGCUUCGGAUGAAUUUCGUUACUACCCUCUUUUAAGGAAGCAUCUCAUCCAGGAAACCUUAUACUCUUUAGCACAAAAUGGUAGCCUUACCGGGCUCAUUCAUCUCUUAGUUCUCGUUUUGGUUGUAAUUAGCAGAUCAAUGGCUGGGAAAUCAAUCCAUCUUUCACGGGUUUCUGUGAUCUCUGUAUUUGCCUGUGUUUGGGCUUUUUUGAUAAUUUCACAUGUGCUGUUUUCUACAGUUCAGAUAAAUGCUAUACAGAAUCUCGAUGAACUUUUCUCCACACUGUCAAGAGGAAAGACAUAUCUCCAAUGUGAAGUAACUCCGCAAUCGAAUUAUGCUGAAAUUGCAAGUCAGUGUGAUCGAACAGCAGUAUUUCAUGCAUUUGGCGCAUAUCUUCUACGUGGGCACACCCUAUUCACUUUGCUAUUCCUCUCAGCUUCUAUUUUGAUUUUUACAAUCACCAUCACCUAUCACUGCCGCAUCCGUAGACAACAUGACUUCAUUCAUAGUGGAUUACGAGAUCAGUCUCCACAUAGGCGUCGUGAAAAAUUAUUUCACACCUUGAUUUUCUCCAUAGCGACAUUUUUCGUCUCAGUGCUUGGACAGACUUACAUAGAAAUUGCAGUAUUUUGGGUAGAUGACAGAGAGGAGGUGGCAAUGCUCACAAAAUGGUACCACUUUGCUCGCAUAGCCGCUUUCGUUGAUCCAGUGUUAAACCCACUAAUAGUCGUGGCUCGAACACCUGCUUUGCGAAGACAGCUUCGCGCUCAGUGGACGUCAUUACGGUCACGGGCAUCUUCGCAAGGAACGAAAUCCAGACGAACCGGGAGUGGACGAUCAUAUCGCGGGUCAGUUCGACGUACUGGCUCUAAACAACGCCGAUGCGAUGUGGAAGUGAAAUUGAUAAAACCCGAUCGACCGGAAGGACUAUUUAGAAGAGUG